UCAAUUUCUCCCUUCUAAUAUUCUUUUAAAUCCAUGUAAACUCAACCAUCUCCUUUUAAGUCCCUUCCCUCUCAAGACCUUCUCAAGUCUCCACAACCCUUUUAAAUUCUUCCGUGUACAUACAUAACCUGGCAGACCCUUCACAAGUUGGAAGCAGAAGCAACAAAAACUCAGAAAAGAAGAGAUGGGUUUUGCAAAAGAAGAGAAAUCAAGAAGAGUUGUGAGAGGAGUAAAGACUCUGUUCUUCUUGAUCACCAUGUUGAUAUCUUUCCUCCUUUUCUCUGCUCCUAUUCUUCUUGUUAUAGCUGAUACUCUCCUUCCCUUUUCCCUCCUCUCCGCCUCUCUUUCUCCUUCUUCUUUAUCAUCAGAAACUCUCUCUUCCCUUUUCAAUAACUAUGAUUUUCGUUACUCCCUCGUUGACAUACCUCUCAUAUCCAUUAUAAGAUCAGCUGUCAUCAUUUGUGUUUAUAGUUUGUGUGAUGGACCAAGGCUUUCAAGAGGACCAUACUUGGGAAUUACAACGAUGUGUUCUGUGUCAUCACUAAUUUACGUUUCGUUUAAGGCACCACGUGUGUUCAGAGUUUCAAGUAUGGAUCGAGGAGAGCAUGUUAUAGCCAUGGAAAUCGCCUUGUUUAUCUGCUCUCUGCUUUUAGCGAUCGGUCAUAUUGCUGUGGCGUAUAGAACAAGUUGCAGAGAAAGAAGAAAGCUUUUGGUGUACAAAAUUGACAUUGAAGCUGUUUCAGCUUGCAAGAACGUGGUGUUUCCUAGGUAUCAUAAGAUCUUGCUGGAAGAAAGAGUGAAGUGAUGAACACUAACAUUUGAAAGCAAGAGACUUUAAAUGUUCUCUUUGGCUAACCAAACUCUUCAGCGUCAGGUUGAAGGUUUAUUCGAGAAAACCUGCAACUUGGAGAUCAUUGAAGAAACAAAACUAACAUGCAUGGCGGCUAGGAUUAGUAAACAACCAUUAAUUAGAUAUGCUAUAGAUCACUGUAUAUGUCAUGGGUUCAACGUAUAUAUACACUACUGGUUUUGAAUCACCAUAGAGGUUACGUGACCAGAGAACAGACCUACCACGUCUUAUUAUUUUCAUGUAACAAAUGUGCAGUUUUUGGUAUAACAAGGGAAAGGUGAAGGGAUUUAGAUAGAA